AUGCGAUCCAUCUUAUUGUUGCUGUUGCUAGUAGCUCUUGAUCUAGCAGCGGCUCUCAAACGCUUUGAUCUGAACAUCACUCUCGACCAGAUCAACCCUGACUGCUCCGAUUAUGCAGGCUAUGCGCUAGUCGCCAACCACCAACUGCCUGGGCCUGUCCUUGAAGUGGAAGAGGGUGAGCGCGUCCAAGUCACUGUGCGCAAUUUUCUACCGCGGUCUACGCCUUCCAACAUAACAGGCGCAGGAAUGAACGACGUGACCGUCCACUUUCAUGGAAUCCGUCAAUACAGCUCAGCACAUUCCGACGGCGUGCCUUUCCUGACACAGCAGCCCAUCCCACCAGGCGCCGAAUUCACCCACUAUUUCCACGUUGUCAACCAAGUAGGAACGUACUUUUAUCAUGCCCACGUAGGACUGCAGGAGCAGACCCUGUUUGGACCGUUCAUCAUACACUCAAAGCAAGAACAAUUGUCGGAAAAAUAUCCAGAGCACAUAAUCAGCCUCAGCGAAUGGUGGCAUGCCAGUCGCACAGCGCUUGAAGAGUAUUUUCUCGGUCCAGAAUUUGAAUUCAUUCCCGAGGCACAGAGCGUCUUGAUCAAUGGCAGAACCUUGUACAACACCGACCGCCCUUCUCCACAGAACAAAGAUGUCUGUGGUGGUUACACACUCUUGGAGGUCGAUCGGGGGAAAACGUAUCGGCUGCGUGUCAUUGGCGCUUCAACCUUUCGCACGCUGGGGUUUGGAAUUGCACAUCAUAACCUAACUAUUAUCGAAGUCGAUGGUGAGCGUGUGAAGCCGUACUCGGUUCCUUUUCUCGAAGUCACUCCUGGCCAGCGCUUUUCUGUUCUACUCCAUGCUGUCCAGCCCGUGGGCGACUAUACGAUGGCCACGAAUCGUCGAUGGGCUGAAGACGUCAGUCGAGGCUCAAACGGUAUGGGUAUCCUGCGAUACAAUAGCGAACAUGACGCUACUAGUACUACUACCAGCCACAUCAGUAACGAUAACAAUAACGACAAAGCACCUGUUUUCAAACUACCGCCUAAUAAGCCCUAUUUCCCGCUUGCGGACUCUACUCAUUGGAUUUGGUCCGAACUCGAACCAUUGUAUGGGGUGGAUCCUGUGGUCAACAGACCUGCAUCUCGCACGAUCAAGCUCCGGGCAACGGAUAUGAUAUUUCCUACAGGCGAAAGACGCUGGUUCAUCAAUGGUAUCGCCUAUACUGAGCCUGAGCGGCCAAUUCUUAUGGACAUCCUUCAAAUCAAACGACAACGACCCAUAAUGUCGGCGAACACUUUUCAUAACGGGUACGAUCCUUAUUUGGCAACUUAUCCGUUGUAUCACUAUGAAAUCGUCGAUUUUGUGUUGCAGAGCACCCAUAUACCGGGCGAACCUUGUCGUAGCCAUCCAUGGCAUACACAUGGCCACUCGCAUUGGGAAAUUGCUCAUGGGCUAGGAGAAUAUGACGAGUUUGAGCAUAGUGAUAUACGCAAUAACCCGCAUCCCAUCCAAAAGGAUGUCACAUUAGGAUAUCCAGGCAUUGAUCCAGACGAUGACAUAGUGAAUGGGACAUUAGCAACAGAACCUGUGGGUUGCGGAUGGUCUAAAAUACGGAUACUAGCUGAUAAUCCUGGCGUCUGGUUAUUGCAUUGCCAUAACAGUCCUCAUAUGCUACAGGGCAUGAUGGUGGUGCUUGAAGAAUCCCCAGAACUGAUUAACGAUUAUUUACAAUCAUCAUGA